AGACCUGUGUUCGAGGCUAGCAGCAGCAUUUCCCUGCUUUCAAAUCGAACAAGGGAGAAAUGCCAGUCCUUGCCGGAUGUGAACCGUAUUUUACCGUCUAAAUUGUUGCGAUUUGUGUGUAAAAUUGCGGAUCAUGUAACUUUAGUGAAGUGCAACCAAACAAAAUGCUGUAAUAUUCAAUAAUGUGCUUUAGUCCAUCGAUUUAAGUGAGGUUGAGAAGACUUCUCUGCUCGCUCAUGGCGACGUAAAAAUAAUGGCGUUGCCUCCAGUUGCCGCCUUGUCAAGCAGCGCGAAAGCUGCUGCUUCUAAAGAAGGUUUCGAAGGAGUGAGAGUGAAACAGGAGCGAGAUGAUGAGGCUGAGAUACGGGAGAUGGCCGCCAAGAUGGUGGAGCAGCAGAAGGCCAAGCUGGCAAAUGCCGUGCCUGCACCGAUGGCAGCUCCAUCACAACGUCAGGCUGGUCUCGUGGCGCCAGGCCAGCCGGGUAUCAUGGGUUUCUUCAAGGGCAAGGAAACAGGCAGUCCAGAUGAUGAGACGAAGGCCGCAGAAAAGCCAGCCCUGGACGAAUUCAGUCAAAGAGGUAAAUUUGGCUGGGUGACCCUGGGCAACACACACUUGCCUUGUAUUCUGCGGCAUCCAGAGGAAAAGUACUGUGCAGUGCGUAUGGUGGAAAGUAAACUGUUAAGCAAGUAUCUCAAUUACCUUCAUGCUGACAUCUACUCCUGCACCUGCAUCCACAGCUUCUACAUCACAGAGGCUGAAGCCAGGCUGCUCAACGAAAUCAACAAUAAACACUGUGAAAUGCAGUUCGGUCGGGAAACAUUUACGACUAAAGACUUAGUAGUGAAACUGAAAGACGCCCACGAGUUUUAUACGUUCCUUGAUGUGUGUUAUAGUAAGUUACUUCACAAUGGGAUCGACGGAAAAGAAAAGUGCGGAUUCAUCAGGAUAAAUAACGAGUCCGUUGUUCCUUACACGGUGAAAAACAAUAAUAAGUUUGUGCCUUUGUUCUAUUUCGAAGGUGAAACGGACAAUUUGAAGCUAAAAGCGGAGAAGCUCGAGGACUGGGACCUGGCGUAUUUGAAGUUCUGUUGUAAAGUACAGGGUAUUAGAAAUGAGUUGUUCGCGAGUGAAACAUGUUCAGUGAUCAGUCUUAGUGAUAUUAAAAGUUACUUCCCUGGUGGGACAGUGUUCGAAGACUACUGGCCGAGCAAAGUGCUCGACUCGCAGUUGCUGUUCCAGAAGGGUUCCGUGGCGACUGGUAAUGCUGCGAGUUGGAUCAAAGCACCACCUGCCCUCGCGGUGCAGCCCGCUCCGACGACAGUGACAGUGAACAAAGUGGUUCCCUCCCCUACCCCUCCAAACACGAGGACGGCCGCCAUGCCUCCAUUGCCGAGCCAGGCUCCUCAACAGCAACAGCCGAUGCACAAUGGGUGGCCGGGGCUCGUUAAUGGACAGGCAGCAUACCAACCUACAGCCAUCAGUUCACAGGCACAAGCUAGGAUGACUCACACCAACAUGGCAGCCAUGCAACAUAUGAACCAACAAGCAGCAGCAGCUGCCUCUACGAGGUCGUACCAGCCUCGCCAGAUGUCCAACACACCACAGUACUACUCAUCGCCACACUCGAUGGGUCUGGGGGCCCAGCCUCAAGUUCCUCAACCUCCGCCUCUAGUCAGGGUCACAGGCCCACCACCUACCAUGGGGUAUGUUUGCAAAGUGUACACCAACCCUCAAAAGUCCCAAUCCCGUCCUAUUAUUCCUGCUAGACCUAGGAAUGCCACGUAUUCAACAUCAAACAUGAAUGUGCUGCCCACAGCCAGCUCCAUGCACCAGAUGGGAAUGUUGGACAGUCGUACCGGCUCCAUGCUACCUCCACCUCCUCACCUGCAGUACCCUUCCCACAACACUAGUGCUGCCAACCAACAGUCAGCCCAGCAAGCGAAAUACCCUCCUCCACUAAUACCUGUCAAUGGAUCUAAUCAGAGGUAUCACCACUACACGCCUGGUCAGGAAGUAAUAGACCUGUCAUCACCGCCACAGUCACCCCAGAGGCUCAUGGGUAAUGGGAAGCAGGCAGUGGCAGGGCAACUUCCCGACCCGAACGGGAUGUGGAAGAAACUGAUUCCGAUCAUGGAGGCACCUCCCUCUUCUGGCUCUCACUGCCCUUAUAAGAUGCAGAAGGCCUAUUUGAGUGAGAAGAUGGUUCCAUGUAUCAACGCCAAACCUUACAUCUACUCUGAGCUACUGAUGACGAUUCCGGACAUGGUCAACUACUUCUUCCCUUCUGUUAGUCUUAAUGAGUGCCGCAAAGUGCUGCAAGACGUACUUCGAAUCAACCUUUACAAAGGAAACACGCAACAGAUGCAAGUGCUGAAAGAGAAUGGGAAGUGUGACAGUAUGGCGGACACGUUGCCACUGAUACAGCUGCGCGAUGUGGUGUCGUACAUGCCACAGAUGAAGUACAUCAUGGAGCGGACAGCCGGGGCUGGUGGCGGGGGCGAGAGUGCGGCCAAGCGGCAGCGGACCAGCUAGGAGUGGGAGGCGGCCAGUCAACCCCACGUCGCCUGGCCGCACGAUACCCACUACUGGUGAAACACCGUGUCCAACUGCUCUUGUUAACAGAAAGACUGAUUGAAUUUUUAAAACCGGACGAUCUAGUUGUUAUUUUUUAUUUAGUUACUAAUAUUGUUUUGAAAAUUGUAUCGCACUCAAGUGUUUAAUUUUUUUGGUCAUGUGUGUUUGACAAUGCGAUGUUACCAUUUAAGGGUAUUUUAAUGUUCAGUUAGUUUAUUUUUCUAACGUUUCCUAUGAAAUUAUAGUAAAUAUAAUAUUACGUUGGUAAUUUUUAAACAUUGUAAUUUGUCAUUUGAUUGACUCUGAUUUAUUAUGAACAUGGUUUAUUUAAUAAUAUCAGCUGUUUUGAGAAAAAUACCAAACAGUUAAAUUUGAAACGUUUUGUGAAAAUGUCCAACAUUGACAGAUAAUACAAACACUAUACUAGGCACACACAUUUUUACCCUUUAUGUUGGUGUUCAAAAGAAAAUGAAUAGUAAAGUCAUUCUUGGAGGAUCUGUGAAGUUUUGUUUACUCUUACCACAUUUUUAAUUCAUCAUUAUCUUAAGCACUAGUAUCACUAUUUCUGGUUCAUACAAAUAGCAAUUUCUAACGCUUUUCUUCUUGUAACCCUUCCCUAUUUCAACCCUGUUUCCUUCUCUGAUAAUUCACUGUCUCAUUUCUAUUCUUCUCUAUAUAUUAAUUAUCUUUGGCAAUACAUAGGAAUGUUCCAUUCUCUGUACAUGUUUAUAUUUUGAAAUUAGUCACUUAAUAUUCUUGGAUUGUCUCAAAAAUCAAAUAUAAUUGGCAUCGUCAUAGGUGUUAAAAAUAAAAUAAACAAUCUAAUACAUUUUUACUCUCAUUCUUGCAAGGUAGUAAAACCCUGCAAAAAGUCUCUUAUCUUUCCUAGAGCAUUUUUAAAAUUUGGAAAAUAAAAUGUUAUGAUUAGGAGUUGUUUGCCAAAAAUAACUCAGUUGAGUGCGAUAUGAUUGUACAUUAGCUUACUUUUAGUCAUUUAACAUUGCCUCCAGUAACUUAAAGGGAAAAUAAAGUGGUUAUAUAUUUUUUUACACAAAUUUAGUGUUUUCCUUAUUUGAUGCAUUUGCAAUGUUAAGAAUCAAUUGUAUGUAUUUUAUUUUUUUGUUUUAUUUUAUUUACAAAGAAAAUUUAACAUAAUCAUGUUCAUGGCAAAGUACAGAACCACUUUUAGACAUUCCAAUAUAUCACUGAUGAACAUUACAUUGUUUAAUUCCUUAUUUUGUAUUGUGCAAUACUUAAUGAUAUCUGUUAUUUUGAUGUGUGUUGUUUACAUACCAGAAAUAGUGAGGUAACGGUGAGAAAAAUUUAGCUUUUUAUUUACAGACAGAAACUGCACUUUGUGACCAUUUAGAAAUCAAAAUGUAUAGAUAAAAGCAGAAAGUAUUUUUUUUUAAUAAGUUUUUAAUUUUUUGUUUAAACUGUUCAGUUUUAACUAGUAUCAAAAUUGAGGUUAACGAACAUAAUAACUAUCAUCAGAUAAUUUUGUUUUGUAGGUAGCACAAAUAUUUUUACAUAUUGUUGGAUUUUCCAUAUUACUAAUAUAAACAUUAAUCAUUAUCCGCACGAAUUGGGAAGAAAAGGAAAGAAUACUUAAUAAGAAAGGAAUUUUGAGUACUUUUAUUAGUACUUAGUUCUUUGUAUAUUUUUUAUGUAAAGAGCAUAAUUGAUUAUGUUUAUUAAUCGUUCACAAGCUUUUCAGAAGUAUACUCUGAUAUACAUAUGGUGAGUAGGCUAUACACGAAACAAUAUAAACAAUAUUAUGAUGGAUGGGAUAGUCUUAGGUGUUAAAAUAUAAAUAAAGUGCAAUGGUAAAGGAGGGAAUUGGAUUGGCAGAAGUGGAUUUCAGGCCAAUAGAUGUUUAUAUAACUUAUAAUUCUCAGAAUUUUCUCUAUUUCAGACCAAAAUUCAUAACAAUAAGAUAACAGACAGUCUGUUCAGAUAAAUUGACCUUUCCAUGUUUUGUUUGGUAAACAAAUAAUAUCAUCAAUUUUAGAUUUUUAAAAUCUACUUUUAUUUAAGGGAUUAUCAGUUCAACAAAAAGAACCAAACUUGAGUUCUGGGUUCUUCUAUAAAGAAUUGAUCCGCUUAAUUUUAAUUCUGAAAUUAACAGUAAACGUUUGAAAUUUGGAGUUAUAUAUUUUUACAUUAUUGUAAAAAUGUAUAAGUUAAACUACUUACAAAUAUAUUAUGUUUGGUCUGGAAAGUAUACUUAAAAUAUGUUACUUUUGCUACUAAAACAAAUCUUCACUUGAUGUACAAUAGAAGAUUGGGUAAUUUGUAAGUUUCUUGAACAAUUUAUAACUCAAUUUGUAAGUAAAAUGUAACUUCUGGUUUUCUCUGGUGAUUUUAAAACAAAAUUUCUUACAAAAAUGAGGCAAAAGUAACUGUGGGUGUUGUAUAUUAUUUUUACAAUACAAUAAGUCUGAACUGAGAUAUUUUGUUAUGGAAUUGGCUUCUGAAACGAAACAAAAUUCUCACUAUCCAACCUAGGAACUGUCAUUGAGUGUUAUAAAAUAUAAACCUUUUAAUCACUUACAACACAUUGGAUACUAUAUACCUGUACUUGUUAGUAAUUCCCAUCUCUAGGGGCAAAAUUUAGUGUUUUCAUUGACAAGGUGAAGGUUAGCUCAAAAAUAUGAUUAACUCCUGACUAAUAUUUUUGCUUCAGGUAAUGCAUAAUAACAUAAUAAAAUAAUAGUUACAACAGUUAAAAUAUUACUCUCCAUACAAAUUCCAUUCACUUUAUAUAAUUUUAAAAAUUAUUUAGCUAUGUUGCCUUCUUGUGUUAUUAAUGUAUUAACGAGCAGAUGUUAUUGCAAAUUGUACUCCAUGUGACUUUUUAAUGUGUUAUCAAGAUGGAAAUAAAAACAAUCACCACCACCAAAGCAAUGUAUCACAAACAGGUGUUUUUGUGUAGUGUAAUGGAAAUAUGAAACUUGCCAGCUGCCACAUAUGAAAGAAUAUAUAGUGAUAAUUACGAGAACAAAAUCAUUGUAGUAAUUUGAAAUAGCCUGUGAAGAAUUAAUAAAUUGCGUCUCUUGUACAAAAUUCUCCCAUAGGGAAACAAAACAAUAAAUUGUGUUGCACAAAAGUGAGUAAUAUGUGUUUAACAAUUUUCUUGGUUCAGGAACCUGUUUUUAUGUAUGAAGUCUGUGCAGACGGGUUGCUUUCUAGCUAUGGAAGAGUUUGCAAAACUCAAUAAUGUGCUAAGUUCGACUUGAAUAUAAGGCUGUAAAUCAGAAUUAUUUCUAAUGGAUAGGACAGUCAACAGACGUACCUUGAAAACUUUCCUUCUAGGAUUCACUGAUUCAAAAGAAACACGAAAAAAACUCUUUUUAUAAAUUUUUAAUUGCUUUGCAAUAUUUUUCAACCAGUAGAGAGAGAUCAUCCCAGUUGACUGUUCAGCUAGGGUUGCAGAGUCUAUUUGGGAAACAGGGUUGCCAAUUUACUUUCCCUAGACACUGUUAUCACUUGUAACUAACUAUUGAUACUAUAAUUCAAGAUUGUUACUAUUUGUUAUGAUAAGAAAGAAUGAUGUAGUCAGAUCAUCAAAGUGCUUUUAACAAGAAAAAUAGGAACAUUCCUUUGAAUCAGUUCAAAUAAAGUAAGAAGUCACCUGUGUUACAAGACAUGUCAGGAGGUGAUGUUUGGUGGGGGAAACAAUGAAGACUAAUGUAGCAUAGUGAAUUCAGGAGGAAACAAUGGGUUGAAAGAUUUGUUUUGAUAUUGAUUAAGGAUAAUACAGAAAGAAGUGUCCUCAGUUUGUAGUUUAUUUCUUUUAAUUGAUGGGAGGGUUUGCUGUAAUUUAAUGAAUAAAAAUAUCUCAUAACAGUGUGGUAAUAUUGUUAUUGUUGUGUUAUACAUUUGAGAGAGAAGUUGCUAUUAGGCUCUGUAAGCCACCUAGAGAGCAUUGUGCGACUAAGCCUUGCUGUUUCGCUCCCUGCGCUAACGUUGACCAAAAUCAGUGUUAGGUGUGCUACUGCCAGUCGGUGUCUGAGCGAAUAUCCACUUGAUGGCUGAAUAAUUUGUUUUCUUUUUUCACCUUCAACAUCUAUUCCACUAUCGGACACUAUUCCAGCGUAAUAUGACGUUAAAAUUUGUGAAACAAUAAAAUUCUUUGUGUAUAAUGGAACAGCACAGACAAGUCACAUUUUGUCUUUACUUGAACUUUGAAUUCUGUGUAAAUUUUGUUUUUGUUCACACUUUUCGUGCUUUUAAAGUGCCUUUAUAUUUUGUUAGUGCAAUAUUAACAGUUCCUUUAUCUCACAACUUUUGCUGCAAUGAUUUUCAACUUAUAGUUUGUCUCCAAUGUAACAGCCUUUUUGCUCUGUAUUCUGCACGUUGAUUCCUUUUCAAUUUUUUUUUUUUUUGUACCUUUGAUGGUGUGAAGUUUCUUUAAACCCCAGUUUUUAUUUAAUCUACUUAUUGUCCCCAAAAAAUUAAACUCUUUUUCAAAAUUUGGUUCUAAGUAAAUUUUAGAAAUAUUACAAUUAAUUGUCACCAGUAGUGUAUUUAGAUAAUGUUUGAAUGGAUUUUUUUAAUUGCCUUAACUUUUCUUACUGAACCUUUCCCAAUCUGUAUUUUUCUGAAAUGAAAAUAAAUAAUGCCUAUUUUAGAUUAUGAGUCAAAAAUAACAAAUUUGCCAUUCUAAGGACUAUGUCCAUUUAAACAUAAUAUACUUAGAUAAAUUAAAUUGUUAGUUUGUAUUUUAUUUAUUACUUAAAAAUUAGUUGUGACAUUUUUUGUAAUGACCUUGUACUGUUGAUGAGAUUGGUAUGUAUCACCAAUAUUGUUCUGCUUUGUGAACUUAUUGUUAAUGAAAAAAUGACAUUCAAUUAUAUGUAUUAUUCAGUUUUAGCAUUUAAAUACAUUUUUAUAGAUUUAUUUGUUGUAUAGAAUAAUUUCAAAUUUAUUAGGUCUCAAUGAAACCAGUUAUUUUGAAGUAAUUUCUAUUGUCUUUAGAGAAGUUUGAAUUAAUUUGCUGUUUACGAGUUUGCAGAGCUUUGUUAUAACUACUGGAUGAUAUACAAAAAUAUGGUGUUAAAUAAUGGUUUGGUGUUCAGGACGGAGUUGCGUUAUAAACAGCAGUAUUUAAAAAGAAAUACACUAUUUCCUUUAUGUUAAGCUUUGUACAUUAGUUGUAGGUUAUAUUUAUUAUCUUCCUUGUUCAAUAUUUUAAAAGGGUUACUACCAUAUUGUUAAACAAUACUGGAGGAAUAUUGUUCAAUUUUAUUGUAAUUUGUAUUAUUUUCUGAACGAGGGAACUGUAAAGACAGUUUUUAGUUGAAUGUCCCAGUGUACGGUUGUUGUACACAACUACUUGUAAGGUAGAACUAAGGUUCUGCCGCAAACCCCACGCCAAAGUGACUCGCAAUGGUGCUUGUCUAUACUGUUAUGUGAAUGGCAUCCAUUCUGAAAACAAUCUUGUACAUAAUUUGAUUUAUUAUUUUUGUAAUUUAUUAGCUGUUGGUGUAUAAACACUGUGUGUACAUAUUAAGUGUUUGUCAUUGUAAAUAUAAUGCUGACAAGUGUACAUUAUUUUGAACUACAUUUUCAUUAUUGUUAAACAAAAUUAAAUUUUCACACUUUUUAAGUUA